GCGCGGGGGGGCGGGGAUGGCGGAUCUCGUGGAGCUCCCCGGGCGGGACGGGAGGCUCGGCCGACGCCUUCUCCCCCUCCCAGAUGGCCGUAGCCCCGGCGGAUGCGUCCGGCCUGGGGCGCGGGAGGGCGACGGGGCCCCCUCUGAGAGCUCGGAGCUGUGAGGCCGGCGGUGCCUUCGCUUCAGCUGUGAGGCCGGAGCUGUCUGUCUUCACCUCAGCUCCGGGGCCGGAGCUGUCUUGGCCUCAGCUCCGAGGCCGGCGCCUCGCCAGACGUGUCCCGGGUGGGUGUCGGUGGGCAGGCUCUGUCAGCUGUUCGUCCCUCAGGAAGGGACCCUGGCUGUGGGAUUUUCAGAGCGCUGAAAAAUGUCAGGUUUUCUUGAGAGCUUGAGGUGCUCGGAGUGUGUUGACUGGGGAGAGAAACGAAACACAAUCGCUUCUGUUGCUGCGGGAGUGCUGUUUUUUACAGGUUGGUGGAUAAUCAUAGAUGCAGCUGUAAAAUACCCAAAAGUGGAAGAUUUCAACCAUUCCUACCAUGCUUGUGGGGUUAUAGCCACUAUUGCAUUCCUAAUGAUCAAUGCGGUGUCUAAUGGACAAGUGCGGGGGGACAGUUACAGUGAAGGCUGUCUGGGCCAAACAGGUGCUCGGAUCUGGCUGUUCAUUGGGUUUAUGAUGGCUUUUGGAUCUCUGAUUGCUUCCAUGUGGAUCCUUUUUGGAGGCUAUGUUGUUAAAGAAAAACCAGUAGUAUACCCAGGAAUAGCUGUGUUUUUCCAGAAUGCAUUCAUCUUUUUUGGAGGACUGGUCUUCAAAUUUGGUCGCACGGAAGAUUUGUGGCAAUGAACACGCCUGUGGAAGUGCGUUGGCCAUGCUGGGUUUUUAACUGCACAGACCCAAGAUUUUGUAAAAGCGUUUUGUAAACAGUGACCUUCAAUUGUGUCUAAAGAUGAAACAAGGCAAACUUCAGUCAUAGCACUAAAAAUUCCGGUUCUAUUCUGAUUAAUUUUUUUACUCUUGUAUGUUGAUUUAAAUGUUGUCAUGUUUUUGACAAAUGUGCAAUUGCUACAAGUAACAAUGGAAGUCACUUUUAUGAUACGAUGUUUGCUACAAGUAGUGUAGUGGAAAAUGGAUGUAUUUAACCAGCUGUUUCUAUGAUGGUAUUUACAAUCCAAGACUUACUAAAAAUGCUUUAAACCAACUUUUUAACAUAUAUUUAUUAAAUAUUUCCUAUAUCUGGGCAAUAUAACCAUUUCUUCAAUUUCAAAACUUACUGGUGUGUGGCUUUUCUUGCAUAAUACGGAGCAAUGCUGCUUUGGGAUGUUUUUUCCCCCUCCCUGAAUAUUUAAUUUAUUCUAUGGCAAUAAUGAGUAACAACUUGCUGGUGCUGUGGAUGACAUUGUAGAGGCACAAGUACAAAUUGCAUAGUGGCUCUAGAGGGAAGGAACUCAUCCACAAAGCUUUCUUUUCUAACUGCUGUAAAACAAAGGAAGAGACUCUUCAGAUCAGAGUUGUGGCUCCAGGAAGAGGGAACAGCCACUACCAGGGAAAAUUUUGGUCGCUUCAGAUAGCUCUUCUGUUAUCUGCCCUUUCCUAUACGUUCACCUAAGCUUGUUGCUCAAAAAAAUCAGUGAUAAGAGACGUGGGGAAAAGGGAGGGAAUACAAAACUAUUCCUUAAAAGCACUCCUGUGAGAAAACAGCAGAAGUCAUUUGUGGUGCAGAAGUUUCGGGUUAGUUGCUGGAAAGUUAAAGUGGAGAACACAAAUUGAGCCUAUUAUAGAGGCAGUACGUGUUAACUGGGAGAUAACGCAAAAGUGUGAAUGUGCAUCUUGAACAUCCCUGGCAGCUGGUGGAUGAACUCAGCCGAUCGCUGGCUAGUCUGCGACCUGGAAAGAAGAAAAACUGACCUUUCCUCUGCAAGUAAUUUUUCAUUACUUGAAACCUGUCUCACACUUCGCAGUGAUCCACUUUGCCGCAUCCCUGCUGAACGAAUUGAGGUCAGCGUGCAUCACUGCAGCAAACAUCAAACAAUUCACGCUUUGUCUUCAAUGUGACAUCUUUCCUCAUUACUUCAUUUUUAAGCUAGUGUGCUGAAUAAAUAAAAACAAUCAAAUUUCAA